CGAGAGGCACGGGGCGACCAUGGCGCUUCACCUGCGUCCGUUUGUGCGCUGGAGAGCCGCGCACGUCCUCGCCGCUUCAUGCCUCCUGUACCUCGGAUUCACCUGCUCCGGAGCGGAACACGCGGCCACGGUGACGCACCCCCUGCCGGCGGCCUUCUCGGACCUGCUGCCUCACUUCCUGGUGGAGCCGGACGACGUUUACAUCAUAAAGAACAAACCGGUCACGCUGACCUGCCGCUCCACACCGGCCACUCAGAUUUACUUCAAGUGUAACGGAGAGUGGGUCCAUCAGGACGACCACCUGAUCGAGCGCACCGCCGACCCGGCUACAGGUUUGCCGGUGAUGCAGGUGAAGAUCGACAUCUCACGCCAGCAGGUGGAGAAGAUCUUCGGACUGGAGGAUUACUGGUGCCAGUGCGUGGCCUGGAGCACCACAGGAACCCAGAAGAGCCAGAAAGCGUACGUCCGCAUCGCCUACCUGAGAAAGAACUUCGAGGAGGAGCCGCUGGGUAAAGAAGUCGCCCUCGACCAGGAGGUGCUGCUCCGCUGUCAUCCACCGGAGGGCGUCCCCACAGCUGAGGUGGAGUGGCAGAGGAACGACGAGCUGAUCGACCCCAGGACUGACCCCAAUUUCUUCAUCACAGUGGACCAUAAUCUCAUCAUCAAACAGGCCCGGCUGGCCGACACCGGGAACUACACCUGUGUGGCCAAGAACAUUGUGGCUCGGCGGAAAAGCUCCUCGGCCGCCGUGAUUGUCUACGUGAACGGCGGGUGGUCCACGUGGGCCACGUGGUCGGCGUGCAGUGCCGUGUGCGGCCGUGGCUGGCAGAAGAGGAGCCGGAGCUGCACGAACCCCACGCCCCUGAACGGAGGCUCCGCCUGCGAGGGCCAGAGCGUCCAGACCAGCGCCUGCACAGCAACCUGUCCAGUGGACGGCGGCUGGAGCGAAUGGAGUAAGUGGUCAGCGUGCGGCGCCGAGUGUACCAUGUGGAGGAGCAGAGAGUGCACCCAGCCCACACCGGGCACCGGUGGCAAAGCGUGCCAGGGCCUCGACCUCCAAUCACUCAACUGUACCAGCGAACAGUGUCCACAGACCGUGGCUGGCGCGGAGGACGUGGCGCUGUACGUGGGCAUCGUGGCCGUGGCGCUGUGUCUCACUCUGCUGCUGGUGGUCCUGGUCCUGGUGUAUCGCAGGAAGAAGGAAGGGCUGGAUGCCGACGUGGCCGACUCAUCCAUCCUCACCACCGGAUUCCAGCCCGUGGGCAUUAAACCCGCCAUGCCAGGUGUGUGGGCACCGGCCCGGGCACGACGCGCCAAGAACUCUCACCUGCUCACCAUCCAGCCGGACCUGACCACGCCCGGUUACCAGGGCUCCCUGUGUUCCCGCCGCGACCCGUCUCCCAAAUUCUCCCUGAGCGACGGGCCGCUUCUGGAGCAGCUGGCUAACGGUUCUCACACCAUGCCCAACGGGAAAGUGUCCGGCGACGGGGGCCACCUCGCCAACCGCCUGGCCGCGCAGAACUACUUCAAAACGCUGCCGCGGGACAGCGUGCACACCUCCUACGGCACCUUUAACUUCCUGGGUGGACGACUGACCAUCCCAAACACGAGUAUAAGUCUGCUCAUCCCUCCCGAGGCGAUCCCACGAGGGAAGAUCUAUGAGAUUUACCUGACCGUGCAGAGGAAGGACGACGUGAGGUUGCCCCCGGCUGGGUGCCAGACGCUGCUGAGCCCGGUGGUGAGCUGUGGGCCGCCGGGCGUCAUGCUGACCCGACCGGUCAUCAUCAGCAUGCCUCACUGUUCCGACUCCUGCACGGACCACUGGGCCAUUCGACUCAAGAAGCAAACCUACGAGGGAACCUGGGAGGACGUGCUGCUGCUGGGUGAGGAUCUGAUCUCCGAGCCGUUCUACUGCCAGCUGGAGGCCGAGACGUGCCGCGUGUUCACCGAGCAGCUCGGCCGCUUCGCUCUGGUCGGAGAGUCGCUCAGCAUGGCCGCCGCCAAACGCCUGAAACUGCUGCUGUUCGCUCCGGCGUACUGCUCCACGCUGGAGUACACCAUCCGAGUAUACUGCACCGACGACACGCCCGACCUCAUCCAGGAGGUGAUACAGAUGGAGGAGCAGUUAGGAGGUCGCCUCAUCGACGAGCCCCACGUCCUCCUGUUUAAAGACAGCUACCACAACCUGCGCCUGUCCAUUCACGACCUGCCACAGAGCCAGUGGAGAAGCAAACUGCUCACCGGCUACCAGGAGAUCCCGUUCUACCACAUCUGGAGUGGAUCUCAGCGGAGUUUGCACUGCACGUUCACGCUGGAGCGGUUGAGCGUGAGCACGUGCGAGCUCUCCUGUACGCUGUGUGUGUGGCAGGUGGAGGGUGAAGGCCAGAGCUUCUGCCUCGACUUCAACAUCUUAAAGGACACACGACCGUUAGACUCGGAUCUCCUGCUGAUGGAUAAGAGCAGUCCGGCCCUGGCUGGCCCCAGCGCCUUUCAGAUCCCCUACCUCAUCCGGCAGAAGAUCUGCAGCAGUCUGGAUGCACCGUGUCCUAACGGAACUGACUGGAGACUGCUCGCCCAAAGACUCAAACUGGACAGACACAUGAACUUCUUCGCGUCAAAACCGAGCCCGACGUCGGUGAUCCUGGACCUCUGGGAAGCUCAGCACUUCCACAGCGGGAACCUCAACCAGCUGGCGGUGAUCAUGGCCGAGAUCGGCAAGCAGGAGGCCAUGAUAUUCCUGGUGUCGGACGGGGAGUGCUAA